AUGGCUGUCAAAAUCUAUACACAUCCUGAUCCAUCCCGCACACUCGUCCCUCUCCUGCAAAGACACCUACCACACUCUGGCCCGCUGCUACGAGUCAUACAGUCAUUCGGCUCUUUUCCCCGGUCUGCGGAAGCGUGUGUGCUAGCUACAUUUCCCCCGGAUACAGAGGCUUCGAUAUAUGGCUCCAACCCGAGGCCUGGGCCUGAGAGCCCAUGGAUGGCGGCGUAUGUAGAUAUAUUCCGGCAUCCCGAGACCCAGAUGUGGAUGUACUCUAGCCUGGAGGCUACCGGGUUGACUACCACUGCUGGAAAUGAGAUCAAAACAACACUGAGAGCUGAUGAGGAGAUGCUUAAGGUGACUCGCGCGCAGCUCCGGAGUUUGUUAACAUAUGUUCGCACUGAGCUCGUGUCGUCCUUCAUAUCCUCGGUGGCAGCGAGAGAGAAGAACGGCAUCAUCAAGACGAACGGGGUAGAGAAACUCCCGGCUACUCCUUCAACUGGUCUUUUAAUGGGAUCAGUGCAUGAUGGCCUUUUCGAACUAUUCAACGGAUUGGGGCCACGAGACGACGACCCGACCGGACAGAAGGAUCUCAUCCACAUCAACCGUGUCUAUCCAUGUAUGAAGUACAUGUUUGAUCGGUCAAGCUACGAACUAGAGAAUAAGCCACCCAUUGGAUAUCGGUUCCAUGACCGUAAUGGCCGAGGUGGGAUCCAGGAUCACCAAUUGCAAUUUGUACUAAGUCGCACGGCCAUACAGCGCACGAAGGCUUCAUUCGCAGGCAGUGCUGCGCUAUACCGCGACGGACAUGAAGGCGCAGGAGCGGAAACGCCGAACAAUCCCUCUCCUGAAGGCGAGAAGGUAAAUAACGCCGAAGAAAUGCCUAUUGGCUGGGCGUUCCUUGCGUAUGACGGGAGCAUCAUACUUCUACAUGUGGAACCGGAGGAUCGAGGGCGGGGGUUAGCACCCCUGCUUUUGAAGGAGAUCAUGCGUCGGGGUAUGGGAUGCGAUGCCCUCCACGCCCUGCAGCCGGAGGACGACAUCGACGGGAAAGAGAAAGGGUGGAUGUUUGCGGAUGUCAGUACGGAUAAUGUUCCUAGUCAGAGGGUGAUGGUCAAGGCUGGGGGAAAGACCGGGUGGGCGAUGAGAUGGGUUGCAGGGGAAGUAUGCUCUGGAGAGUGCUCUACCUGCGCUGGGCUGGUAGGUGAACAAAACUAA